ACUAUGACGUGUUUUAUCCCUCACAGCAUACACACCGAUUUAUUAGUCAAGAACAUACAAACACGUCUAAUAUACAUGCUUAUAACACACAUUGGGUUCCUAGAAGGGGGUAUCAUUAUUGCGGGGGAAGAUGAGUAAUCGAAAUCCUCCACCCCGUCCGUCGACGGGUCAGCGCAAGCCGAGUGCCCAAAGGACGACUAUGCCGCCGCCGCCGCCGAAGCCACCUCCUCCGGCACCACCACCACCUCCGAAGACAGCUCCUGCUCCUCCUCCACCUCCUCCAAGGCAACCUCCUCCGCCUCCUCCACCACCAAAACCACCUCAGCCACAAAGCGAAACUUCGGUAUUGAGCCCGGUGGCGUCUUUGGCCUCCAGGAGCCAGCGCUCGAACAUGAGCCUGAAGAAGAGACACCUCAUUUGGGUCUACGCCCUCCAUGCGGCUCUCACAACCUCCGCGGUAAUGCAGCUGCUGACCCUUAGGAUCCUGAAACAGGACUUUGGAAAGUCGAUAAGCCCCACGGUUCCCAGUUUCCUGUGGCUCGUCAUGGCCAUGGCAUGUGUCCUGAUCCUGGCCUUCGUCUACCUGGCCAACCAUUGCCCCUGCAACUGCCUGCUGGCCAUUGUGAUCGUGGAGAUGGUGGUGAUCUUCGUCAACUGCGAACAGUGGCCGCGAGUCUCGCUGCCCUGGGUGGCUGGUGUCCUGGUCAUCGUCCUGAUCCUGAACAUCGUGCUCUACAUGAUGGGCAUCUAUAUGCCGCUGAAGCUGCUGCCCGGUCACGUCUUCAUGAUCAUCGUCACAUUAUGCUGUCUAGUGAUUAUCAUUUCGAUAUACGUCAUUGUGUAUCUGAAUGGCAAUCGCUAUGUUUUGCGUUAUGCGUCGAUGGUCAGUCUACUGUACGCGGCCACCCUCAUCCUCUUCACCAUCACCGUGGUUCAUCAACGGAGGUACGAGUACAUGGAUAGAUCGGAUAAUGUCCUGCAGGCCUCAGUGCUGGCCAUGCUCUUCGUCUACAUGAUCGACGUGAUCUCCACGAUUGUGCGAUUCAGUCAGCAUCUAGUUGAGCAUAUUUAAACUGUAUCUUUGAAAUUCAAAGUCUAUUGUGAAUUUAAUAAAAUGUCGUAUAGUAUAAAGAAUGUUAUA